AUGAGCAGCCCUCAACCCCAUCAACAACAACAACCUCAUCAUUCCCAGCACAGUCGUGUGGUGUCUCAUCAUCAUCCUCACCACGAUGGAAAGAGCAAUAAUAAUCACCAAACUUCAACAACCAUUCCCAUCUCUGAUGAUUAUUUCCAUCAUCCACCUCACUCACACUCUCAUGUACCAUUGGUUUCCGUUCCGACCUAUUGCUCCCACAGAAGUGAUGCAGAUCCCAGCAGCACGAUUGGCUCACCCUUGCAAGAGCAACAAUUUCUUGUAGCUACAACAUCAUCACCACAGCAGUUGUUAUUCCAUGGAAUGGAAGGCUGCUUCUCAACACCACUACAGCCUUUAUCUAGUACCACCACUACUCCAGUCAUUUCCAACAACAAUAUUCCUUCUUUUAAUUGUCCAUCAUGCCCAACUUCGGGAAUUCCAACAACAACAACAACAACCACUCUGAAUCAUCAUGGAUAUGAAGUUACUCAUCAGCAACAACAUUCUAAAAAACGUAAAUUAAGUACUCAAUACCACCAUCAAAAGGAUCAAUUAAAAUCACUCACUUCAUUAUCGACCUCUCCGGAACCAAAUUGCAACCAUCCAAACACCACCUCAACUCCUUCUCCUCUCCCUAAUUUAUGUGAUCAUCCAAAUAAUAUUAAAUUAUAUGGCCAAAUUCCGACCUCUCUAUCGAAUGGCUCAAUUCAUCAGCAAACUUCAACGUCCAGCAGCAGUCACGCUCACAAUCUUCAAAACCGUUCUUGUGCGAUAGGAGCUCAAAACAAUAUGCGUGCUGGAUGCCCUUCCUAUGAAGUUGAUAGCAUUCCUACGAGACUUUUCAUGGGUGAACAAGUCCGUGUUCGAAUCCAUGAAAUUCCUUCAAUUCUACAACAAUUUCAAAGCAUGUGUCAAAGUAGUGACAUUUAUCAUCAUGUUGCUCCGAGUCUCGAAAACUUGACUAUUUGCUUUCAGAAAGAGGGACUAUUCAAUAUUCAAAUGCCAUGCUAUUUAGAAGGAACGGAUUUUAUUGUUUUCCGAGUGCCAAGCCGUGAGACUUUUCUCCCAUUUAUGCAACAAGAUGGUAAUAUCAUCACCAAUGUUUCACCAACGAGUAAUAUUCCAAUCAAUUCAUCUGCAUUGCAUCACUGUGCAGUGACAAUAUCUGCAAGAAACAACAUUCCGAAUGGAGGAGAUUGUCUCAUGAUUCUCAUGCAUCAAGCAUGUUGUUCUAUAGUAUGCAUGGAAACUUGUGACAUGAUCAACCUCGUAGGAGGCUGUUUUGGUCAAAAUCCAAAACGAUUACGAGACUUGUUGAUACAACUCAAGGAACGAUAUUCAGACGAUUUUGGAGCAAUGCUUCAUGCAGAGGAUGAACAUCCUCUUACUUAUCCCUUUAGGUCAUUACUGAGAAUUGGGAAAGAAAUUGGAAAAGGUUCAAAUGGUUUUGUAUAUGUCGUGGAGCGAAGGAAGGAUCUCAACACGUCACAUUUAGACAUACCACUGUGGAUUUCCAAAAAGUUAGCUCUCAAGCAAUGCUUCUUUACCAACCCUGUAAAAGUGCAAGAAUAUGUGACAAUGCAUCGUGCAAUAAUGGAAAUUUCAAAAAAUCCAGAAUCACACAUUGUGGACAUUUAUGAUAUACAAACAAUUCAAGUCGAGGAAUCAAACACUCAUGUCGUUGAGAUCGUUAUGCAAAAAAUGGGCUUUGACUUGUACAGCUAUACGAGACGUUAUUUGAAAGGAUCUCUCUCCCUUAACACUCUUAAAACUCUUUUCUCGAUCAUCAAACAAACAGUGAAUGGUAUUCGAUCGAUUCAUAUGGCUGGCUAUUGUCAUUUGGAUAUUAAAGAGGGAAAUAUUAUGCUCAACAGAGACAAAACAGUUAAAUUAAUUGAUUUUGAUUUUUCUACGAAUUGCAAUGCAGUACUAACAGGGAGGAGAGGCACACUACUGUAUUUAUCUCCAGAAAUGGCUAACAUUAAGGAGAGCUCAAAACCUAUCGACAAGUGUGAUGUUUGGAGUUUGGGAGUUGUCAUUUUGAAUAUCAUGAGAAAAGUGCAACAAUUCAAAAAAUAUGAUAUCGUUAAAAUUGCUUCCAAAGACAUGCUUGUUGACGACGAUCAUACAGUGUUCAUUGUUGGAAAUGCUAAGGAACAGAGCUCUGUGGACACUCUUAUUGAAAAAGUAUGUCAUCUUGAUCCAUCAUUUAACAGAGACUCGGAGUUUUCUCGUUACAUGCAUGCAAUUUCGCAGCUACUUUCCAACAUGCUCAAGAUUGACUAUCAUGAGCGAUAUUCUGUGAAUGAACUAUGGAAUUUUAUUGAGAAAAUUUCAAAAGAGCUUGUUGAGUCCGUGUAG